AUGUUUUUUUCCUUGGAAGAAUUAGUUCAUUGGCUUGGACUGACUGUAUUUGAAAUAUGGAUCAAUUUGAUAUCCAUCAGCAUAUUCACAGUGCUGCUUUCCCUACACUUGGAAGGUUAUUUGAUGGAAGGACCAAAUGUUUGGUGGGUGAUUUUCUCCCCUCUAUUCUCAGCUGAUGCUCUUAACGCUUACUUUUGUACGAUCGUAUUGAUACGAAUGUACCUCGAAGGACUUUACAAAGCAGCUUUUUUCCGUGCUCUUUGGUCAUUUUGGUUCUUGGGCCUUCUCUUUGCUUUCGAGUUUCUUCUGUGUAGAAGAUUGUCAAACUUGAGUGAAGCAGAAUAUUCAGAGAUUUUGGCUCCGAUGUUUAUUUUACUUCAACUUAUGGCUGUUAGAGCUUGUCAGUUACAAUGAAUUUAUGUUAAGACCCUAAACAGAACUAUGUUUUUGUACAAGUGGUACUUAUUCAUUGUUUCCAGACACUCUCUGGUUGGUAGUGCAUAUAUAUUUUGAAAGUAAGUGUUAAAAGUUUUGUAAAUAGUUUCAGAGACAUUAUUUUAUAUAGAUUUAAUUUUUUAUCAGUGCAUUUUAUAAGUCAUGUAAGGUAUUUGUUUCAAGAACAUUUC